GAUCAAACCAACUACAGAUAACGCCAUCUUCAAAGUAUUCGUGCGACAUGGCCAGCGACCAACUGUCACGGAGCACGAUGUAUCAAAGCAAAUUCCGCAUCCUUCAUGCUUGAUGGCUUCCCAAGAUUCUUAUAGCCAUUGCAGGAAUGAAGCUUACGACAUCCUUUUGUUACCUGACGAGUUGAACAAACCGGGACAAUAUUAUAUCGGCAUACAGUACGAGAAGGGUGAAGGAGAACUCCAGAGUCGACGUAAGAAGCGGUCAUGUUCUGGAAGAGGCCGCCAAAAGAGAUCAUGUGUGGAGGUUAAGGAACCACUAAGACCCGAAAAUAUCACGGUGAAGCCUGUUUAUGACCCAAAGACAGACGUCAAUUACUCAAUGAAUCUGCUGGAAGAGAGUUGUCUCUUUUGGGACGGUAUAGAAGAACGCUGGUUAUCAAGGGGAUGCAAAAUCACCCUGAAUGAUGUUCACCCCGAAAAUCGGUCAAAAAAAUCUAGAAGCUUCUUUGAAUCUUACUUGGAUAAAAAUUCCCAAAGUCAAACUGAUGUCAAGAAGAAAUUUAUGCUCCCUUACUUCUUUACCUACAUUGCUUGGUUUUUAGUCCUUGUCACUGUCUCUGUGUCUUCUGUCUUUACAUUCUUCUUCAGCUUGCAAUGGGGAAAGGACAUUUCGAACCAGUGGCUUUCUUCAAUGUUUAUAUCUUUCACCCAAGACCUUUUUGUCCUACAACCUGUGAAGAUAUUGAUUAUCAUACUGUUAACCGCUUCUUUGUAUCGCAAUAAUGAUGACACCGAAACCGUUAGCCAAAACACUGAAGAAAAAAUGCAUAGCGAAAGAAAACGCUUCAACAACAAUCAUAGUGUUCAAGUGGAGAUGCCAAGGGAGGAUGAAGUUAUGCGCGCAAGAGAGUACAGGAUGAAAGAGUCAGAAAUGUUUUCCUUUUUGCGAGAGGUCCUGGGGUAUCUUCCGUUCUUAGUUUUGCUUAUCAUUGUGUGUUACGGUAGCCGAAGUUACCACGGAUAUCUCAUGACUAUGGAUCUGAAAAAUACCCUUCGCGAAUUUUCUUUGGCUGAAGAUCCACGGUAUUUCUGGAAAUGGCUUGAUGUCGAGUUUGUGGAGGGCGUCUACGUCAGCGACUGGUACAACAACGACAAAAUCAAACAGCAAGAGUACAUUGGCAACAAGAUGUCUGUUCUCUUAGGAAUGCCUCGCUUGAGACAACUAAGAAUACAGAAGGAUUCUUGCAUUGUUCCAAGAAUAGUACAAGGCAUCAUACACAGGGGCUGCUACGAUCACUAUAGCUUUAAUGAAGAAGAUAAAAAUCCUGUAAACCUUCCAGGCUGGAGACCAUUCAGCGGCUCUGUUGAAUGGGCAAAUUUUUCCGACCUAUGCCCUGCACCAUGGCAAUAUGCGCCAAGCAAGAAACUCCACGACUCGCCUAGCUGGGGUUACUUCGAUGUUUACGAUGGUGGUGGAUAUGUUGCAGAUCUAGGCUACAAUAGAAGCACAGCCCAAGCAGCCAUCUCUAACUUGAUAGAAUACGGUUGGAUUGAUCAGCAGACACGCGCAGUUCUACUUGAGUUCACUAUUUAUAGUCCUUAUACGGGUUACCUAAUAAUUUCAGCAUACCAUUAUGAAAUAUUGCCUACAGGAUAUGGCUAUCCUUUUCCAAAGAUAGACACUCUUCAGCUGACGAGUACUGAAACAGGCUUUUACGAGUUCUACCUGAUUUGUCAAUUCUUGUUUAUCAUGAUGGCGUUCGUCUUUUUACUAAAAGAAAUAUACAAGCUAUAUCGAACUAAGUGGACCUAUUUUAGAGAUGUGUGGAAUUGGGUGGAAAUUCUACAAAUAAUUAGUUCGGUUCUAGUCGUGGUUUUCUACAUAUUAAAGUCAAACCUGAUUUUUAAACUCGCUGCUAUGGUGAAGAAAAACCCUUUCGCCUUCGUAAGUUUUGGAGAAGCCGUUAGCUGGAGCCAUACAGAGACCACUGUUUUAGCCAUUGCAGUUUUUCUAACAACGUUGAAACUUCUACACAUAAUUCGCUUUAAUCCGCACGUCUUCAUAAUGAUGUCCUCAUUUCGUGUUUCUAAAAGUUUACUGUUGUCCUAUUCUAUGAUAUUUGUCAUUAUUGUCGUGUCAUACGCUCAGAUGGGGAUGCUGGUAUUCGGCGACCACAUUCAAGGUUAAUCGUCUGUUUUAAGUACGCUGUUUUCAGAAGUUACCAUGUGUCUUGGGGGCCAAACGAGCUUUCAUGAGUUAAUGAGAGUCAAUCGCCUUUUGGGUCCGCUCUACGGUAUCUCUUUUCUUACAUUGAUGUCUUUCAUUUUUAUGAACUUUUUCGUAGCAAUUUUGAACGAUUCUUUCGAAGACGUCAAAAGUAACACUGAUAAACAAUUCAAAGAAUUUGAGAUGGCUGAUUUUAUACUUGAGAGAGUAAGUGAGCUUUUAGGAAUUAAUAAGCGAGGCCAAGACUCUUGUCAAAAUGACUCAUUGAGAGAAGAUGACACAGCUUCAGCCAAAUCCCAGGACCACUCCAAUUUGCCUCUACAACGUCAAAAUGCUGGUCAAAAUUACUCAAUGAGAGAAGAUGACACAGCUUCAACCAAAUCCCAGGACCACUCCAAUUUGCCUCUACAACAACGUCAAAAUGCUGGUCAAAAUGACACAAUGAGAGAAGAUGAAACAGCUUCUACCAAUGCCCAGGACCGCUACAACUUGCCUCUACAAAAAACUUUGGAGGGAAUCGACUCAAAGUUUGACGAAACCUUGAGCACUAAGGGGAAGAGGAAACUCAUACCAAAAUCUCUUUCAGAACAUUUGGCAGCAAAGUUGGAAUUGGAGAAGUCAAGUGGUCCAAAAUCUUCAAAAAGAACGCUCGAAACAAUCAAAAAGGAUUCUUCAAGUGAGUUUGAUUUGGAUUCCUCAUUAGAACAUCUGUUUGACAGGAUUGGCGUGUUGACCAAUAAUCUCGCAACGGAAGAUCAACGACAAGAUGUAAAACUGCUUUAUGUGAUCAGCCAAUUGUCCCUCAAGAAGAAUCAUGAAACUUCAUGCCAAGGAACGUUGUCUACACCACAUCAAAUGGAAGAGCCUUCCUCGGCAACAAUCACUUCACAAGAUAAUAUUGAAAAGAACAGGAAUCGUGGGUCAAAAAAUUCUUCGGAGGAUGAAAUAAUGAGAUUUAUCAGACGCAGAUCAACUCGUGAUCUACCAAUCCACUUAAAAAUUGGAAGUUUUUACCAACAGCUCCAAAAUGAUAAAACUGGUGGUAAAUAAGAAAACUAAGUAUGUUCAUUUUGCAGUGUUUAUCCCGGACAUAUUUUCAUCGUACGGCCGUGACGAAAAAAUCUCCAUUAACAAAGUCCUUAAGUAUAUUAACGAGAGGUUUUAAGAUUUGGACCACUACUUUCUCAACUUUGACUCCAUGUGAGCUAUAGUCCAGGGAUCAUUACAGUGCCUCUUUUGUACACCAGUUUCGCCUGAACUAAAUUUUCCAUUAUUCGUUUUAGAGAGCACCAGGGUGCUGAAUCUAAUUAUGCCAAUCGCUGCUUAGGAUCAAACCGAUCAAAGAUGCUCAAAUCAAAUAACUCAGAUAUGUUUUCUCUGUGGCUACGUAGACAGAUAUCGCAAUAUUUAACAACUAUUCACCGAAGUGGAGGUGGUUAGUGGUGGAUAUUUACCAAGCCGCGAAGCGGCGAGGUAA